AUGUCGACGAGCGAGAAGGCGCUGAGCAACGGUGCCAGCCUCCUCGAGAUUACGCGCGCGCAAACACGCACCAUCGAGACUCAGGCACGCAGCAUCGAGUCCCAGGCACGCACCAUCGAGUCUCUCGUGAAGAAGCACAUCGAGACCAGCUCGGCAAGAGAGAGCGAUCUGCUCCUGAAGAACCGCGAGCUGCGCAACAAGCUGCGCGAGCUGCGCGAGCUGCGCGAGCUGCGCGGUGAAGAAGCGCACGGCACCACGUCGAGCCGCGAGCCACCCAUUCCGGCGCACGAUUCCUCAAGCGCUGCGCCGUGCUCUCACACGGGCACGAGCUGCGGUGGUAGCCACGGCCUGGAGGCGCCGACUCGCGAGGACGCAGCGAAGAAGCGCAAGCUCGCGACCAACGAGAGCCGCGAGGAUGCGCCGAGCGCCGGCAGUGCGCAGCACGGCGCCUGCUCGUCAUCGGCGCCCGACAUAGCUUGCCCGCCCGUCCGUCGACUGGGCCCUCUCACGCCCACCAGCUCGCAGAGCACAUCGCGCUCAGAGAAGAUGCGUCAAGCGCUCGACGUCUUCGACACUUCCCGUGCGCAGAGCCCGGUCACGCCUGAGCUGCCUCGCCAGCAGAGCGCGCUCCAGCCUAUCCGUGCCGCUUCGCCCGUCUCCGAGGACAGCGGUGACAGCGAGCUGCGCAUUCCAACGACCAAGGAGCUGCGCUCGCCGCCGCCCACCCGCGCCGCAUCGCCUGUCCGUGCCGCAUCACUUAAUUCGGAGGACGAGUCGGAGCCCGAGCUCGUCGUCCCGCGCGCGCGCCCGCCCUACUACUGAGUCGUCAGCCACCCUGCUGCAGGCCUGGGCACUCGGCUUGGCCCCAUCUUUCUAC